AUGGCUGCUCUUUUAGUCGCGGGAUCGACGCCGGGCGGGACGCGGAGGAGGUUGAGCUUCCGGCGUGUUGAGAGGUGGUCUGACCCCCUCCAGUCUGAUGAGGACAGGGCCAGAGCAAAGAAAGCCGUCGAGUUGCUCUUGUGGUCUGAAAUUGAGGAGUGGCAGCAACAUGGCAGUGACCACAUCCAGACCGGGUACCGACGGGCGUGCGGAUCAGUUCAAGGAUGUCUUUUGAGCUGGACUUACAUACACAAUGAGACGGUCAACAUCUGGUCCCACAUCCUCGGGGCCCUGGUCUUCAUCAGCCUCCCGGCAUAUGUCUUCAGGGAGAUACCAACUCGGUACCACGCCGCAACGGCCACAGACGUCGUCGUCUGCAGCACGUACUUCCUCGGAGUGACAUUCUGCUUCAUCCUGUCCACCAUAUUUCACACCUUCAUGUCGCACAGUGAGGCCGCUUACCUGUUCAACAUGAAGCUCGACUUCCAGGGCGUCCUGGUCCUGAUGUGGGGCGCGACGGUGCCGCUCGUCUACUAUUCCUUCCCUUGCGACGCCCGCCUCCAGGCCGGUUACCUGGGCCUCAUCACCGCACUCGCGGUCGCCUGCUCCGCCGUCACCUUUCUUCCUCGGUUCAGCGGCCCGCACCUUGGGCCUUACCGCGCGGCGCUGUUUGGUGCCUUUGGCGUGGGGAGUUUUGCGCUGCCCAUUGCGCAUGGGGUGAUGGUGCACGGCUUAAAAGAAGAGUGGAAUAGGGUUGGGCUAGGAUGGGUGUUGUGGACAGUGGUGUGUGAUGGAGUUGGGGUUGUGGUGUAUGGGUUGAAGUUUCCUGAGAAAUGGUUCCCUCGACGCUUCGAUCUUUUCGGAGCGAGCCACCAGCUGAUGCACAUGUUCGUCGUUUUGGCGGCGCUCACAUACACCUGUGCGGUAAUAACGGCCUUUGACUACCGGCAUGAGAAGGGUGCCGUUUGUGGAACGUAG